AUGUCCUACCCCCCACCUCCAGGUCUCCCCUCGAAAUCUACACCCGCACCACACCCGUCUCUCCCCGCCAGACCACCACCAAGCUCAACUCCCUCAUUCAAACCCGCCUUCAAUGCCUCCCGCGCCAACAUGCCCUCCGCCUUCCCCGGCUUCGCGCCUCGAUCCGUAGCACCCCCAACGCAAUCUUACAACGCUUAUCCACAACCCGCAUACCUCCAACAACAACCUCAAGCAUAUAAUGGCUACAAUGCCGCUCCUCAGCAAGAAACAGCCUACGGCGCCGCUCCUCAGAUCCGCAACCCGUUCGCCCCGCCAAGCGCAACGCCCGCUGGCGCCGCAGCACGUUACGACGAGGAUCCCGAGAUGGCAGCCCAGAUCGCUCAAUGGCAAUCUGCGUACGCCGCUAAAGACACCUCCUCAUCCUCCUCAGGUGGAUACACCGGCAUCGUGCGCCGUUCGUACCCGAGCGAGACGUCCGGAAACGCGACGAGCGCGAACGCGGCACCGUUAGGAGGAGCUGGACCGAGCAUGAGUAACGCCGCUAUGACAUCCGCCGCGCACAACGACACGGGCGUCGCGACGGUCGUCAACGAUGCAAAGACAAACACCAAAACCGUGGUCCGUUCCGGCGGUGGAUCAACCUGGACCGAUUCCUCUCUUCUCGAGUGGGACCCUGCUCACUUCCGCCUCUUUGUUGGUAACCUCGCGGGAGAAGUCACGGACGAGUCGUUGCAAAAGGCCUUCUCCCGCUGGCCCAGUGUUCAAAAGGCACGAGUAAUUCGGGAUAAGCGGACGACGAAGAGCAAGGGGUACGGAUUUGUGAGUUUCAGCGAUGGAGACGACUUCUUCCAGGCGGCGAGGGACAUGCAGGGGAAGUACAUCGGGAGUCAUCCUGUACUGUUGCGGAGGAGCACGACGGAGAUCAAGGCCGUCAAUCCCAGGGAUAAGAAUAGGGAUAAGCAUGGCAAGGGUGGCAAGGGGAAGGGAAAGGAGGACAAGACCGGGGCGGGGGUGCAGAAAUCUGGGAGCAAGACGAAAGGGGGUUUGAAAGUUUUGGGAUGA